GGACGUCAUAGCCGCGCCGGAAACAAUAGGCAUGUGACGCGAGUGACGAAAAACAAGCCAAUUUGAAAAGGUCUAAAAGUUCAACCUGAAAAUAUAAGUUUAUAAUUCUGUCAGACAUUGCGCCAAAGACUUUGUGAGACACUAAGUUAAUUCCGCCUUUUCCUUUUGUGCGGAAAAUGAGUAUUAACGGGAAUGGAAACGCGGAGAUUUACAGCCAUUCUGCCUCCGGAGACAACGAGGGGAACGAAACAGUCCCGUUACUGUCCAAUCGGAGCAGGGCCAAAGGUGCCUCCUUUGCCUCCUCUGUCUUUAACCUCAUGAAUGCAAUCAUGGGCAGUGGCAUUCUCGGACUAGCUUAUGCCAUGGCAAGCACCGGCAUAGUUGGCUUCUGCUUCCUGUUAAUACUUGUGUCCAGCCUGGCGGCAUAUUCCAUACAUCUCCUCCUCAAGCUUUGUGACAUGACAGGAAUCAAUUCAUAUGAAGAUUUGGGAGGACGAGCGUUACAAAAACCAGGAAAAGUUCUUGUUGGAAUUGCCAUCCUCAUCCAAAAUGUUGGCGCCAUGUCGUCAUAUUUGUUCAUCUUGAAGUCGGAGCUUCCAGCGGCCAUCACCAGCUUCCUGAGUCCAGACCAGACAGGAGAGGCCUGGUAUGAAGACGGCAGAUUGCUGCUGAUCCUCGUUUCACUGUGUGUGGUGCUUCCUCUUGCAAUAUUGCCAAGAAUUGGCUUCCUGGGCUACACCAGCAGCCUCGCCUUCUUUUUCAUGCUGUACUUUACCAUUGUGGUGAGUAGUAAUUAUUCCCCUCAUAUUUUUUUGGGGCCUGUUGUGUUGUCUACUCCUCAGGUUGUGGUCAAGAAAUGGUCCAUCCCCUGCCCGCUGCCUCAUAAUGUCACCACACUUGUAGGUGCAUGCCAGGUAUCAAAUUCCUCUGACUCGGAAUGCACGCCCAAACUUUUCGUCGUCUCCAGUAAGAGUGCCUAUGCCAUCCCCACCAUGGCCUUCUCCUUCCUAUGCCACACAGCCAUCCUGCCAAUCUACUGUGAACUGGAUCGGCCUACCAAAGCGAGGAUGCAGAAUGUUACCAAUGUCAGCGUCAGCCUCAGCUUCCUGCUUUACUUGGUUUCUGCCCUCUUUGGCUAUCUCACCUUCUACGCUCGCGUGGACUCGGAGCUUCUGCUGGGCUACGAUGCGUACAUGCCGCGUGACAUCAUGGUAAUGAUGGUUCGGGUCGCCAUCAUCAUCUCUGUGCUGUUGACCGUACCGCUCAUCCACUUCCCUGCUCGUAAGGCCGUGAUCUUACUGUUGUGUGGAAAUCGUCCCUUUUCCUGGAUGAUUCACAUUACGACAACUCUGGUCAUCCUUGGAGUGGUGCAUUUGCUGGCCAUCUUUGUGCCAGAUAUACGAAAUGUGUUUGGAGUAGUGGGAUCGACGACAUCCAGCUGCCUUUUGUUUGUCUUCCCCGGCCUCUUCUACUUCAAGAUUAGCCACCAGCCUCGCCGAUCUUUUGACUCCAUCGGGGCGGUGUGUCUGGUGGUCUUUGGUUUAAUGGUGGGCGUCGUCAGCUUUUCGAUCAUCAUCUUCACAUGGAUACAUGGAAGUUCUUAGCCCGCGUCCCUCUUUUCCCUUUCUCAAAGCACAAGGGCAAAAAGGGAGAAUGAUACCAAAGAACCCAUUGGAUGGACUAAAGGAAUAGACAUGUUAUUCUGUGUGCCCUCGGCCUGUGUAUUUUUAUGUUAAGUUGUGGUCAUCAUGCAGUUGUCCUGCAUAAACACGCUCACAACAACAUUAAGAAUUCAUCACAAAUUCAGGGUGGUUGUUUGUUUUAGUUUUCUGUUAACCUCACAAUUAUUUUAUGCUGCAAUUUUGUUUACAUUCUAACUUUCCAUCAUUGAAACUCUUGCACUUUUUCAAAUCAAGUGUUUUUCCCCAUAAGAUUUUCCUUUGCCGGAAUUUAUAACUUGAUUUACUUAUUUAUCAAAUGUUGUUACUGUGCAUAUUAUUUGUCUAACACAAUGGCUGGAUUUGAUUUCACAAAUUUAACAACUAAUUUAUAAGCUUUUCAUGUUUAUCAUUUACAUUUGCCUCUUCCAUUCUAAACUGUGUUUAAAAGACAUUUGCUGCUACUUGGGGCUCUAUCCUUUUCAAUCCUGUAACUCGAUUGUACUGUUAAGUGGUUGUUAUGUAACCUAUAAUCAAAUGUACCUCCAAAUGAAAUACACUCAAUAAAAGGGAAAUAGUA